AUGGUUCGCCAAUUCCGACGGCCAUUGCGGUUGCUGUCGCUCGCUUGGUUGCUUCUCGCGCCUCGACGAGACCUCGCGGUCCGCGGUGCCGACAAGCCCCUGCCUGUGGUGCGCAUGCCGGAACAGCGGCAAAGCAGGCGGCGGAGCCCCCUACGGCCGGUGCUGGGGCGACUUGGCCCGUCGCUCAUCUCGGCGCGCCUCACGCUGGGCCGUUGGGAGCGCGCGCCACUCGCUUCGCGUGGCUGGAAGAAUCGGCGCGCCCGCCAGGACCACUUCUCCAUCGAGCGCACGCAACACGAGGUACCAGCGCUGCGGAACCUGUCAUCUGAGGACAGCUUCGCCCGUCUGGGUCUGGAGCCCCGCGUGCUGCGCGCACUACAGGAGGCUGCUCUCGAAGUCGUUCGGCCUACAACCGUGCAGUCGAGCAUCAUCCCCUCGCUACUCCGCGGCCGCCACAUCUUUUGCGCUGCGGAAACCGGCAGUGGUAAGACUCUCAGCUACCUACUAUCUCUGCUUCAACUGCUUUUGAGCGCCACGGGCGUGGACUCACACCGUAUCCCUGCUCCCCGAGGCCUGGUCCUUGUGCCUUCGCGAGAAUUAGCCGAACAGGUCUGGGCCGUGGCCCAGCCCUUGGGCGGCUCCCACCUCCAAGUGCGGGAGCUAGGGGGAGGCCAUGGCAUGAGUAAGAUCAAGCUGCAACUGUCCAAACAACCUCCAGCAGAUGUACUGGUGGCCACUCCGGGGGCUCUGUGGAAGGCCCUGAAAAGACAACUGAUCAGCCUGGAGCAGCUCUCCUUCUUGGUGUUGCAUGAGGCAGACACACUGCUGGAUGAAAGCUUCCUGGAACUAGUGGUCUGCAUCUUGGAGAAGAGCCAUAUAGCAGAAGGCCCAGCUGACUUAAAAGACCCCUUCAAUCCCAAAGCACAGUUAUUGUCGGUGGGCGCCACAUUUCCUGAAGAUGUAAGCCAGCUACUGAGUAAAGUUGCCAGCCCACACUCUGUAACCACUGUCACCAGCUCCAAGCUCCACUGUAUCAUGCCUCAUGUCAGGCAGACAUUUAUGAAGCUGAAGGGAGCAGAGAAGGUGACUGAGUUGGUGCAGAUCCUCAAGCAGCAUGACAGAGCAUAUAGGACUGGCCCCUCUGGAACUGUUGUAGUGUUCUGUAAGAGCUCCUGCACUGUGAACUGGCUAGGAUAUAUUAUAGAUGACCACAAAAUCCAACACCUAAGGCUGCAGGGACAAAUGCCAGCCUCAAUGAGGGCAGGUAUCUUCCAGCGCUUCCAGAAGGGCUCCUGAGACAUACUUCUCUGCACAGACAUAGCUUCUCGGGGCUUGGACAGCACCCAUGUGGAGCUAGUUGUCAAUUAUGAUUUCUCACUUACUCUGCAAGACUGCUUCCACAGAGCGGAAAGGGUGGGCCGUGUUUAGAGUGAGGUGCCAGGCACAGUCAUUAGCUUUGUGACCCAUCCCUGGGGUGUGAGCCUGGUUCAGAAGAUUGAGCUGGCAGUUUGCCACAGGAGAGGCCUUCCAGGACUAGGGUCCUCAGUGAGAGAGCCUCUGUCCCAGCAAACCUGA